UUUUACUUUCACAGAGAAGCCCUCGGUAAACUAUUGGAAUCGAAGAACCACCGUUUAUACGGUCACCGCCAGAGGUGCGUGGAGAAGCUUCUUCUCCUUCAGUUAAUCAAUCACCUUUCCAUUUUGUGCUUCACAUUCAUUAGUAUUCACAUUCACAUUCACGUUCGAUCGAUAGAUGGCUGAAAUUAAUGACAAAACCACAGAACUAUCAUAGUUUAGCCUACCGUCAAGAUUCUGUAAAUAGCUAAUAACUUGUAGCUGUUAAAAGUUUAGUUAGAAGUUCUUACAUGUUUAUCUGGUAUUAGAUUUCUACCAUACCCCACCGUUUCUCAGGAGACCCAUUACCGGCCAUGGAAAGAUUCAAGAAAGCUAAGCUCGCGAUCGAUACGUUUCGAAACUACGCUUCAAAGAUUAAUCAUAGAGCUCCACUUCAUCAAGAAUCAAUUUCAAGAAUCUACCAAAAUGGAUCUUCUUCAGUCUCAUCUUCUAAUCAAUCUAAGUUUUCUGGGUUUUAUCCAUAUUCUUCCGUUUCUCAAAGAUUGGGACUGGGUUUCCAAAUGGGUACAAAGAAAAUACAUUCUAAUCCAUUUCUUGGCAGUUCUGGUAAGAGAUUUUACUAUGUUGAUCGAUAUCAAGUUCAUCAUUUUAAGCCGAGAGGCCCCAGAAGAUGGUUUCAGAACCCAAGAAGUGUAUUAAUCGUUUUUUUGGUGGGUUCUGGUGUUUUUAUCACUGUCUAUUUUGGUAACUUAGAGACUGUACCUUAUACAAAAAGAAAACAUUUUGUACUUUUGGCUAAAUCCAUGGAGAAAAAGAUUGGAGAGAAUCAAUUCGAGCAAAUGAAGGCGGCAUUUAAAGGAAAAAUGUUGCCUGCUAUACACCCAGAAAGUGUAAGAGUCCGUUUAAUUGCAAAAGACAUAAUUGAGGCUUUGCAAAGAGGAUUAAGGCAAGAGACGGUGUGGAGUGAUAUGGGUUAUGCUUCGUCCGAGAAUGAUAUGAAACAUGAGGCAACUGGACGUGAGACAUUGAGAGCUUUGACUGAGAACGAAGAGAAGGUUGAGACAAAGUGGUAUAAAGAAGAUGAGGUUCUUGAUGAUAAUUGGAUUCAACAUAGUAGAAAGAAGGGUCAAGAGAGAGGAUCAAGAGCAGAAACUUCGCAUUUAGAGGGAUUGAAUUGGGAGGUUUUAGUUGUCAAUGAUCCUGUUGUUAAUGCCUUAUGUCUUCCUGGUGGGAAAAUUAUUGUGUUUACAGGGUUGCUUGAUCACUUUAAAACUGAUGCAGAGAUUGCAACCAUUAUAGGACAUGAGGUUGGGCAUGCUGUGGCUCGACAUGUAGCAGAAGGGAUCACCAAGAAUUUGUGGUUUGCCAUCUUGCAACUAAUUCUUUAUCAGUUUGUUAUGCCUGAUGUUGUCAACACAAUGUCAACUUUAUUCUUGAGACUUCCUUUCUCCCGGAGGAUGGAGAUUGAGGCAGAUUACAUAGGGCUAUUGUUGAUGGCUUCUGCUGGUUAUGAUCCUCGAAUUGCACCUAGAGUGUUUGAGAAACUGGGGCAGGUUACUGGUGAUUCAGCACUGAAAGAUUAUCUUUCUACUCAUCCAUCUGGAACGAAGAGAGCUCAACUGCUGGCUCAAGCUCAAGUCAUGGAGGAAGCACUUACUAUUUACAGGGAUACAAUAUCUGGACGAGGGACAGAAGGCUUUUUUCUUUAGGACACCAAGUUUCCAAUCACAACUCAUUACAUUUAAAAGCAGGAGCUGUGUGUGAAAGUUGGAAAAGUCCUUAUCUGUCUAGAUUUUCCUCUACCUUACACUUUUAGUUGGCACCAUCAGACAUUGUAAUACUGGUUCCGGGCUGGAUAAUCUUUUCAUUUGAGUCUUAUAUAUCCUUGUACCUGCAGUUUCAUUUCAUGUGAGGUCAGAUAUCUUUUUCCUUUUUCUAGAGAAGAGAUAUGUAAAUAAAAUGUCGUUCGCCCUUACAGUA